UCUCCCGCGCCGUACGGCCGGGCGCGCGCCGGCUCCAUCCGCUGGCAACUUUGUGGCGCGGGCGGCGGUGCCGCCGCGGCUCUGCCCUCAGCUGAGGCGGCAGCGGGGGGCGACGGUUGACCCCCCGCCCGGGCCCACCCCGCCAUGGCCGGCAUCGGCAUCGACCAUUCCAAGCUGCCCGGAGUCAAAGAAGUGUGUCGAGACUUUGCUGUUCUGGAAGAUCAUACCUUGGCCCAUAACUUGCAGGAGCAAGAGAUUGAGCAUCACUUGGCAACAAAUGUUCAGCGUAAUCGUCUGGUGCAACAUGACUUGCGAGUGGCCAAGCAACUGCAAGAAGAGGAAGAUCUGAAAGCACAGGCUCAAAUCCAGAAACACCGAAAAGACUUAGAACGACAGGACUGCGAGAUCGCUCAGGAAAUCCAAGUGAAGCUGGUAUUUGAAGCAGAGCAGCGCCGCAGGCAAGAGGAGAAAGACGAGGACAUUGCCCGUCUCCUACAACAAAAAGAACUGCAGGAAGAAAAAAGGCGCAAGAAGCACUACACAGAAUCCCAGGGACACACAGUCUAUGAAGACAGCUAUUACGCAGAAAAUGGAGGUGCGUGUCUGAUAGAGCACCCCUGGGGUGACCCCAGACAGCAGGUUUCUGAGCCUCGCAGGGCACGCAGUGGUGAGAGGCGCAUGCACCGGCGGAGAGAGCACCAAGAAGCGCCCUCACCUUUGUCCAACGGCACCUCCAAACACAGGCAUUCCCCCUUGGAGCAUCGUCGGAGGUCUCCUCAACCAAGUGAGGCUGGCAAUGGCCAUCAGCAGGAGUGGAAAUCAGCCAGCCAAGGAAGGUCCAGGAGACCUCCAAGCCUUGACCUGGAAAGAGAGGCUGAGCGCGGUGCCCGUGACCACAGCAAUAGCUGGGAGCCACGGGAGAGGAGAGCACCUGGCAGGGAGAAGGAUUGGAGACCUCUCAGUCUUGACCUGGAGUCAGAGCGUGGACUCACAGACCAGCCACGGCACAGCAGAAAGCCAACAAGGCAAGACAGAGAAAGACACCUUCCUCUUCUUGAUGUGGAACUGGAGGCUGAGCAGGAGACCUGGCAUCAGGGUGGCAACCAGGUGGUGCGCCCUGAAAAACACAAAUCUCAUCAUCGGGGCCACUCGUCACAUGGGACAGUGCAUGACGAGAAGCUCCAUGAUGCUGAAUCUAGAGGUGAUCAUAAGAGGGGUGAGGAGAGAGACUGCAAAAGGGCAGGACACAGGAGAUGUUCCUCCUCCCCACACGCUGUGACCCAGGGGAAGGUUGGAGACUGCCAGCGAUACUCAGGCACUAAGUUGAGAGGGACGCAGCAAGCCAUGUAUGACACACCCCAGAGGGAACAGGAGUUGUCUGAUGCAGAGAUUGCUCGGAAGCUGCAGGAGGAAGAGCUCCUGGCUAAUGAGGAAGAUCAGAAGGCAGCUCAAGUAGCCCAAGAUGAGGAGAUUGCCCGACUCUUGAUGGCCGAGGAGAAAAAGGCUUUCAAGAAAGGGAAGGAGAGAGAAAAGCCUUCCUUUGAAAGGAGGAGGCAUGAUCAAGACUGGAAGCAUGAUGCAAGCGAGUCCACGCGCUCAAGGUCAAGAGAAGGGCCUGAUACUCAGCGACACAAAAGCGACAGGUCUUCAAGGUCACAGCCUCUCCUCGAUGACUUUGAACACACUCGAUAUUACACAAGCCAGCCCAGCCCCUUGCGCCAGACCCCCAAACCUGAGCACUCUCCUAAAGGUUCCCGUAGGAAGCAGUAAGCUAGCCUUUGCUUUGGUACUGACUCUUCUGUAGCAAACAUUACUGGAAUUGCCAGGCAACUUUCUCGACUCCUUACCCAAUGGGAGGUACACCCUCCACUCCCAGGAUCUCCUCUUUAAGUGUCAUCAUAUUAAUAAGGAACACUUGUUCGUUUCAAUUUCUUACUCAUGUGAUGAGUGCAGUAUAAUCUAGCCGCCACUGAGCUGUGUGAAUCAACUGAUUUACAGCUGAUUUUAACAGCUCCCUCUUGUACUGUUUUCAGGCUUUCCUUUUAUUUUUAAGCUUUGGCUGGAGCUUUGACAGCUAGAGGUGCACAUACGACAGGGACGAAAAUCCAAGAAAUGGGUUGGGUUAUUGCAAUGCAGCAGAAUGUCAGAAAUACAAGUCCUUUCUGUAUUAGGGUGACUUAACAAAGAGAGUUAUAAGAGGAGACAUGUUUCUUCCUGUGCUGGAUAAGACAGCUGAGCCAACCUGACAGGGUCAUGCUAGCUUGCAGAAAGGAGAGAGUGUCUUCAUAAUGUACACCAGCAAAAGUCAGAACUUGGGACUAGUCAGGAAGAAGUUGCCUAUGUAACAAGGUUUCUUAACUGCUGUAUUUCUUUCUAGGGUUUCCAGCAAUUUGGGUAGAGUGUGUAACCAGGCAUUUAGCUCCAGGAUAUUGUUAAGAGGAAAUACAAUUUCAACUGAAAUUAGACCUUGUGUGCACAACUUUUAAGACAUGCCAGGGAGUUGAUGAAGCUGUGAGUUGUGGAUUGGGAAGAAUCACACAAACAGAUUUAAAUGCCUGAAGGGACCUCUGUGGUCACCUGCUUUGAGCUUCAGCGUGGUAGAAGCCAAGGAAUUUUCACUGAAGCCAAGUAGGAACUACUGUAAUUCCCAGCUCAGUUGCUUAUGCACUUGAGUACAGUAACUUGUGUCUGAACCUGCAUGUGUCUUGGAAACUUGGGACUGAAGGAGAGCCAUAUGGACACUGAGCAUUGUGUCCAAAAUCUAUGGUUACAGGCAACUUUGAGCUAGACACAGAAUGCUGAACAGUCCACGCAGUGUCUGUGCUGACUGCCUCCCCUCUACACUGCUCCUGUCCAGCACCCCAGGCAGACUCCACUCCGGACAAAACUCUGGGGUGUAGCAGGGUCUGCAAGAAUAAGUUGUCUGUAUAGAUUUGCUCAUGCAGUGAUAUUUUUUCUUUUUUUCUUUCAAUGGCUUGUUUUCCCUCCACACUUUGAAAAUCAUUCUUCUCUUUUGCAAACAAGUAGCCUUUUCCCUUGGCCUCAUCUCGUUUCAAUUCUUUUGUCUUUUUAAUCUUUUUUUUUGCUGGUUUUAAGUGCAUUUUUAAACUGCCAAACUGAGCAUCUGGACAGUGGCUUGGAGUCUUUUUCAUCCAGUACAGGCUAGUUAUUAAUUCGGCAGUCUAGUUCAUGGCAGCAAAGGCUGGCCGCGUUGCCCCUGCAGCCCAGCUUCCUUAUUGCCCGACCCUGAGUCUGUCCUACCAUGCUCUUCAUCUUCUGAUAGCAGCUGCAAUUCUGCUGUUGGAUUUGCGGAGAGAGGGGGUUAGAGCCAUGACUAUACUCACCCUCAUCACCAUCUGCUUGAGAAAGGAGCCAGACACCUCUGCAGAGCUUUGUGGAGAGCACGUGCUGGUGUGGAGCACUGAUAAGAAAUCGGAAGAGAUCAUGACUCUCUGCUCUUGCACUAAUGCACAGUUCAAGCUCCAAGGCAGCUGUAAGGCUUUACCCUUGGCUGUUGUCCUUGGUCAGGAUAGUUACUGAGGCAAAUCACUAGGAAGACAAGGCAACUCCUUCACCUAAGCUGCAAGGGAAUGUUUAAUACCACAGCAUGAGCCCUUGCCUUGCCUUGACCAACAACUCAAGAAACCCAUCUCCUACCCCUACUGGUGUGUUGGCAGCAGUUGUGCUGUGAAGAACUAGUUAACCCCCAGUAGACCUCUGCUCCAGGCAUACCAAUAGCCAAAAAUGUUGUAACAUAGGACUUUGUGCAUUGGCAGCAUCCCAUUAGCUGCAUACCCUUGCUUCCAGACCAUGAGCUUGGUCACCUGCAUGAGCCCUUAAGAGACUCGCAAGCUAUUGCUUGCUGCUGCUUCUCAGGAAAUAUCCCAGUCAGCGGCUAGAUUAUACUGUCCUUUCCUUGUUCCCUCUUCUAGUUCCAUCUCUGUCCAUUCAGAAGUGUUAAUGUUAUUUUAAACGAUCCAGAAAAAGAACAACAUAGACCGUGUUUUUUCCUUUUUCUAUUUGGUAACUUGGGCCAAUGUGGCCACCUCAUCUGCAAUGACUUUAUUUUGUAAAAAUUUAUUUUUGUAUUUCACGUAACAGUCAAAACUUCUACUGCUGAAAAUGCCUUUUUUUUUUUUUCUGUGGAUUUUUCCCCUCCAUUGCCAUGAGAGUAUUUAUUGUUGUGAAAUGGAUGCCUGGUGGGGUUUUAUGGACUGAUAUUUUCUACAAAUACCCCAGUCCAGGCCCUGCUGCUUGUAUCAUCUGGUGCACUUGUGAAAACUGGAUGGGGAAAAAUCCUGCCAAAUCAGAAAGUGGUUGUGCUUUGUGUUUGCUGUGCAUGGGGAAAAAUGGUGAACCUUUGUACAAGGCAAGGGGAAAUCACCAACUAGGAAUUCAGCCCUCCCUGGGCCUCUGUACCUGGCUGUGAUGGGCUUUCUUGCACUGCAGUUGACUGUUGUAACUUCUGUCUUCCCCUAAUCAGAAAAAGUCAUGAAGGCCCUGAGCCUGCUGACAUUUGAAGAACCUAUUAAUUCAGGAGGGGUGCUUGGGAGCAUCCAAGUUGUUGACUUUAGUGGGUGUGAGUGGAAAUGAUAUGAGAGAAAACUCCAGGUGAUUUUUAUUUGGAAGCUGGGUAUAGUCUGCAGAACACCUCACUGCCUACUCUGGGGAGCUGCAGGAUCUCCUUAAUGGCCUCCUUGGGCCAGCCAGCUCUCCAGCUGUGGCACCAAGAGAUGAGAGUCCAAAGGAAAAAUCCCAGGAGCAUCUCCUGCUUCCUUGGAUGCUUUCAGGGAGUGCUGAAUGCUUUAUGGGCUGCUUUGGUCUAUAUCCUCCCUUAGUUCUUACCUUUUUAUUCAUUUGCACUCCCUUGUAAGUGUUUCUCCUGGUUUAUUUUUCCAUAGCCCUUGUGAAAAGGGUGGGCCCUGAGGUUUUGUUAGAAGGGGCUGACAUCUAUCGAGAGAGAAAUGCUAGGAAUGGUAGCUGAGAUAAGCGUCUAGUAAAUGGGGUAUAAAACAGAGCAAUUAUUCAUCUAAUAUAGCUUGUGAGCCUCAUGCAGGUUAGAGACUUCCUGAGGCAAAGGUUACAACUGGACUUGCAUGUUUAGUAACCACUUUUGGAAGGAGAUUCCACGGUCCCAUUGAAGUCAACAAGAGUUGAGUUAAGAUCAUGGAUGAACAAGGAGCUGAGUCAUCUUGGGGCUCAGCAGCCAUGGUUCUGCUGAGACUCAAGAAGAUACAACUUGUAGGAGAGAUGCAAAAUCUGCACCUUGCAUGUGUGUCCCUGGAAAAGAGGCACAAUGAAGUUGAUCUUUUUAAAAGAAACAAUCAGAGCAAUAUUUCCUUUCUAUGACAGAAAAACGUUUAAGCAACUCUAUUUUUCCUUUGUCUUCCGUUGCCAAGUUCUAGUAGCUUUGCCUAUGGUUUUGCUCUGGAUGUAAUAGCAUGUCGGAGCCCUUGCUGGGACCCCAGCCCCGGUCAUUCAGGUCUUGCAUCCCUUUCUGACUUUGUGCAUUAACAAGGCAACAGACACCAUGUGGAAAAUUCAUCAUCGUGAAAUCCUGGCACUUCCUAAUCUCCAUAGUAGGCACGUCUCGCCAGCAAGAGCUCUCGCCGCCACCUCACCUCCGUCCAAAGCACAACGGUCUGCAGAAGAGAGGUCGGGCGAACCCGAGUGAUCGUGCCUUACAUGCAGGGAUACUCGAUGUCUUCAGCAAUCUGAUCUGAGUCACCUUGCUAUGAAACACUGUCUUAACGUGGACUGUACAACUUCCAGCAGCGAGAAGCGGUUGUCGUCAUGUGGAUAGAUCCAAGAGGUCAAUCUCAUCUUUUUUUAAAGAACUUCAUGGUUUUGAACUUAGUGGGGCGGGAAAAUAUCAGUUGUUAGGGGACAGAUGAAGUCUCAUUGCUGAAUUUCUCCUCUUGAGGAGGAAGGACAGAAGUUACAAAUGCUGCAGUUUGCUUCACUCUGUAAAAGGGAUCUUGUAUGUACAGUAUUUUUAUAUCUCUGCAUUCCCACCUGUCAGGAUUUGAAUCAGGAUUAAUAACAUUCUCUUACUUAAGGGGGGAAAAAAAAAGGAUUUUUAUUUUUACAGUGCUAGACCUUUGUGUGUUUUGGAGGUUUUUUUUGUGCCAAAUUACAGCCACUGUUACAUCUAGUGUUUUCAUUCAGUUUAUUGCUAUUGAUCAAUGUGUAUAUUAUAUAUUUUUAUUAUCAAGGUUUUUUAUUUUAAUUCAUAUUAACCUGUAUGCAAACUAACUGUGGAUUGCUAAUUUAUAUAUAAAGGGGAGCACUUGAAGAAAGUGUGAGGAUUCCCCUCCUUAGGUUACACUCUUGUAGUCUAGUGCAGCCAGUCCAUGGAACUCAUCCAUCGCUUCUUACACAGAAUGGUCUCCUGGGUGUCUGUCACCCCGAGCAGGUUGCUCCUGCCAUUCCUCUGGGCUCUGCAAGUCUGUGUGAGAUGCAAUAGGAAACGAAGCGCAGCUCUUAGCGUGCACAGACUGAUGAUGGGUGAUUGAGUUCUCUGCUGUCCUGCUCCUGGCAAUGGUGCCAGGGAGCAUGCUGCAGCAGGAAUUCCCACCUGGGGGUGACUUUGAGGGUUGCUCUGCCCUAUAUCCAUGCCCAGCUGAUGGAUGGUUUUGGUUUUGCCCCACUCUCUCAAGAUUUUCAGUGCUCAGUUUUGCAGUUGCUCUGGGAGGUGGGUGUGGGAUAUAGUGCUGAGGCACAGCAGUGCCCCUCACAGGAAGUAUACCACAGGCAGCUUGUCUUUUUUUGUGUUAUUGGUGUGAAGGACAGGGAUAAACCUACUGAGGUCCAUCCUGGCUUACUGUACUCUUUACAAUAGGAGCCGUAGCAGACUUCUGGCUGUGCAGCACUGCCAUGGGGGCUCUGGCUGUGGUGCACGCAAGAGCCGCUAGCACUGCUCCGCCCAGGACAAGCUGCGGGACGCAAGUUUUGUGUUGAGAAGCUGCACUGCCCUCAGCUUCGGGGCUGGAGAUAUCAUCGGCCGCCUCCUCCCCAUGGGUAGCACAGGGCAAGGCUCAGCUGUGCAGUUUGGGCUCUUCCAGGAGAGUCCCAGAGAGGACAGUGGCACACACAAAUGAGCAUUUUCUACUUCAUGGUAAACAACUUCCACUGUAUCAGUGUUCACUCUGUGUAGACUCCACGGUGUGUCUCCAGCUGCAUCUGUGCACUGCAAUAUAGUUAAUUGCCUCAGAGAAAUAGCUGCAGUUGUCUCAUUUAGCUCUUCUGGGUAAACUUGCAGCCUGUUGAAUCUUAAUAUUAGCCACACAAUGAGAUGAAUUAAUCAGAAAGCUUAAAUUCUUCAGAGCUGCAAGCGUACCCUGUGUUGCAACAGCUAAUCCUUAAAUAUAAAUUGCGCACUGACAAUAAUCCGUCUAUGCAAGCCUAGGUUUUUUCUUAUUUUUGACUGUUCACUCUCUAAUUUUAUCAGGUUUGGCAUAGAACUUCUGAAUGACAUUUAACCAAAGUAUCAUGUCCGUGUGUGUAGCAUGUUUUGCUUCAUUCUCCUGAAUUCUCAUUGAAUGUAAAGCGAACAUUGCCUUGCCCCGUUUUGUUCAAUAAACCGCUGUAUUUUGUUAUCUACCACA